GCAAUUGGCGAUGAGAGGAAUUGUGGACCGAGUGGAGUGGGGGCCUCCAAAAUUGCGUCAGUGGAAAACCCAAUUAUCGCCGGAAGUGGAAGCUGCAAUGUCAAGCAAAAGCAAACCCCCAAACCCCAAAAGCCAAAUUCCAAAUUCCAAAUUCCAAAAUCCAAAUUCCACCCACCCCCACCCCCUCUCUUCUUCUUCUUCUUCCUCCCACCAAAACCUUCAAAAAGUUUUCAAAGUUCUUCAUCAUUGAUCAUUUCCCUUUCGUUUUACCCAUACCCAUCAAUCGGACCCCAUUCUUCCUUUCCCAUAGUGGAGGAGGUAUUUAAAGGGAAUUGCUGAGGGAAUUUUCUGAUGGAUUCUUUCAAUCAUAAUUCUGGGUUUCGAUUCAACAUGGGUGAUUGUGAUUCUGACUCUUCUGGGGUUCUUGAAAUUUUUGUUCACCAUGCUAGGAACAUUCACAAUAUUUGCAUAUAUGAAAACCAGGAUGUUUAUGCAAAGUUUUCCCUCACUUAUAAUCCAGACCAGAUUUUGUCUACUAGAGUCAUUCAUGGAGGUGGUAAGAAUCCUGAUUUCAAUGAGAAUUUGAGGAUGAAAAUUACUCAGCCUGAUUCUGUGCUCAAAUGUGAGAUUUGGAUGCUUAGUAGGGCUAGAAACUAUUUGGAAGAUCAGCUUUUGGGGUUUGCUUUGGUCCCUCUUUCACAAGUUGUUGGUAAAGGGAAAGUGACUGAGAAUUAUAGCCUCUCAUCCACGGAUCUCUUCCAUUCCCCAGCCGGGACAGUUCGGUUGAGUCUUUCUUUGGAUGAAUCGCUUCCUAUUGAUGCAUUGAAUUCGUUAUCGGAUCUGCCUGUAAGUUCGUCAAUAUCUUCAGAAGUUGUGUUGUUGGACAGGAAAAUAUCAGAAGUCAUGUUGGAUCCAGCUGAGUAUUCAAGGAUUGAGUUCCCUGAUGUUAAUGUGGUGAUGGAGAAUCAACAAAUGGUUUCCGAGUACUUUGGUUUGGAAAGAAAUGGUUCUUGUUCCCAGCCUGGGAUCGCCACGUUUCUCCGUCUCGGUGCGUCUCCUCCCCAACCAGCUUAUGACUUUGAAAUGACUGCAAAUUUAUCUGAAGAACACCAAGUUGGAUCGGCUUCCCCGAACGACAGCAGCAUUCAAAACUCUAGCUUCUUAAGCUCCACAACGACAAGUUUGAGUGAUGAUAGAAACUCUGUUGAUUCCAUAGAAAAGAAAACCCGCUUCCGAGGUGAGUCGUCGAAUUCCAUCAAUGCUUCAGUCACUACUAAUGAAGCUGGAAAUCAGUUCUCUAGUCCUUGUCCUGAUACUCCAACUUCAAGGAAGAGCGGAGGGACAGCUGCGGAGGAAAAGGAAUCAAAAUUUUCGAACAAGGAAGAUAAGACUACCUUAAGAAAGGAAGGAAAUAUCCCUUCUGUUAAAUUUGGUCAGGUGUUAUCAGCUCCUUUAGGGAACAUUAAUCUUGAAGCUGAGCAAUCUGCAAUGCAGCAGCAAAUUGUGGACAUGUACAUGAAGAGUAUGCAGCAGUUCACAGAGUCUUUGGCAAAGAUGAAACUUCCAAUGGAUCUUGAUAAACCCGAGCAUGAACACCGAGGUAUUGUGACUCAAAGCCACAACACAAAACCAGAAAUCGACCAAAAUAAAAGGGACGGAUCCCGGGUUUUCUAUGGUAGCAGGGCAUUCUUCUGAUCCUCAUCAUAGGUGGUGCAAAUUUGACACUUCUGGCAGGGUAUGGAACUUAUAACUUAUCAGGAGCUAUUUAAAUUCCCCUGGCUUCACACUCUAAUGGUAUUUAUGACUAAUCCUCAGUACCAUUUUUCAAUCUUUUUAGCAUGCAACUCUUCUUAUUAAAGAGAGUAGUAGUUACUAAAUCAUCUGUCAUAUAGUCAUGAUGCCAAAAUGACAUUCUUUUUCUUGUGAUUAGAAUUUCGUUUUCCUGCGAAUGUAUAGACCAUUUCAUGGUGAUUGUAUCCAAGCAAGCUGUACUAACACAGUGUUUGGUUAUUUGCUACAUAACAAUACUCUCUCUACUCUA